UUAUUUCUCUCGGGAAAGAGAAAUAUUGCGACAAAAUGUUUUACCGGGAAAUAUUAUUUCCAUGUGUGCGGCGCAUCCAAGAGAAGAAUUUUUACUUGGCAACGUUUCUUUUCACACAAAAUUGUCACCAAAAAAAGUAGUGACGCUUGUGCAAAUAUCUUUUUUAUCUGCUGUGUACACACUGCGAGGAGAAAAAGUGCGUGGGAGUGCAGAAAGUGCGGGCUAACGCGAGCAGAAUUCUUGUGUCGUAAACCCGAGAAAGAAGGGAGUAGGGUGCGAUCCGCGUUUGUUUGAAGCCGCACGAAGCGAGUGAACGCGAGAAAACACGAAUGCGAGAAAUCAUGCUUCAUGUAUCUCUCGCAUACGUCUGCGAGAAUGCAAAUAGUGACGAAUAACGAGAUCGAACAUAGCACCAAUAUGUUGGAUGUACCACGGAAGAUACACUCAAGGGACUUGCAUGGUUCGGAGUACAAUCACUGGAGCUACGACUUAACGGGUUGCGGCACAAAGAGAAAUAUGAAUAUCGAGGACGAGGAUAGUCAGGAUUUAAAUAAUCCAAUGGUUAACGACCUGGUAUCAAAGAUUCUCGAUGAAGAUUCCAUGACCAUCGAUACCUUUCGUAACAACUACAACAGCGGGCAUACUCAUUACCAAACUGCUGAGUUUGUUAAUUCUUACCCCAAUCAAAUCGGAGACAGUCUGGACAGUUAUUUGACUGAUGUCGUAGAUCACUUAGAAGCUCGUUAUCCGAGCGGCAAAUUAGUAAACAAUACCUACAACAACGUUAAGAGCGAGUACCAUCGUACAAGCAAUCUUUGUAGUGAUUUUAAUAUACUGAGUCUGAACGCACGCAUAGGGCAGUCGACGGAGCAAAGUAACGCCUGUGGCAAUGAGCUCCCUUCGAACGCGUAUUCGUCCAACACGCGAUCACAUAUCGCACAUUCGAACGAGGGACAUAUGUAUACGAAUGGAAGCAACAUGCCACUAUGUAACGAUCUGCUGACGACCACGACAACGAGCGAGGUGAAUUACAGUAAACAGUCCGGCGGCUGGACAGAGCCCUUACUGACAUCUUCGAUGGGCUGCAGCAGGAGUGAGUUAAUGGGGAAUUACUCGAGAAUUCCGAGCUGCGUUAAACCUGAUCUUAAUUUCAACGUGGCGCUAACUCUCGCCCUGGACUCGCCGAACUCGACGGUUCCUGUGAACGAGCUGGAGUAUCACAAUUCCAGCAUGAGGCAAAGUUGCGCGUCGUCCAAUUCGUAUGGCAGUCAGCCUAUGGUGAGCAUGCACGAUAUGUACAGUAUCAGCGGUAACAGCGCUCAGGGUCUCGGGUACAGGCCGAGCUCGGCGAUGACUGAUUUAAACGCCGAAUCCGUUUUUCUGUCGACCUCGCCGUUACAGCAUUUCUCGCCCGCCGACACGACGAGUCUGAACUCCUGUUUUGGUAGUAGUAUACAACGUAAUGACAUUGGCGACUUCGCGAAGGACGCUCACGACAGCGCUAGAUUAAAUAUGACGAGUAUUAGCAGCAUACCCAACGAACAGGCGAUUCAGUUCUUGCAGCCGCAAGCUCGUAGUAGCUACAAAUUGGAUCAAGCUGUGGACCAAGAUUACAAAACUUUAAUCGAUUACUAUCCCCCUGGUACAAAUAAUUUUAUCGCAUCCUCGGCUAAUAACCUAGACACGAACGAGAACGUCUGCCUCUCUAGCGACUGUAGAAUUGAUAAUAAUUUACUGAAGAUGAUCAGCCCAAAAUCAAAGUCUGUCGAAACUAAAACGUAUUCACCGAUAGGAUUCCCGAAGAACAUAAGCUCGCGUAAUUUGUAUCAGCCUAUGGCUAAGUACGGCUGUCACAGUUAUCAACAAUACACUGCCAGCAGUGGCGGCGACACUCUCAAGAUAUUGCCACAAAAUUCGACUUUCUAUCACAACGAUUUGAAGCAGCCUAAGCUAAACGCGUACAAGCUGGACGGGUUUGAUCUGACUAAAGAAAUGGCCUUCCCUUCGGCAAGUCACCUGACCGAUCGCAUCGCAGGAUCCACCUUGGACAAAGACGCAGCCUUCAGUCACAUUAUGAAGCAACAUCAUAUAUCGAAGAUACAGAGCAUUCCCCCUGGGAUGCCGCCGCCGGAUAUCAUCUUCAACUCGAGAAUGAUUUCGGGCGCAAGCACCGUAAGAUCGGGAGGAUUCCCGUCGGUGAUGCCGGUUCCUGUCCCUGUCCCGCUUCAUCCUGUACCACGGCUAUUCUCUACGCUUUAUGGAGGAAGUCUGAGUUUCAGAAACAGUGCCAGUAGCGCAGCUAGAAAGACCGGUCCUUCGAGUAUAUUGCAUUUUAAUCUCGAGCAAACGUACGAGCAAUUCAAGCAACUGGAGAAGGAGCGCAAGAAGUGUGAGGCCGGAUUGGCAGCACACUUCCCGGGAAAACGAGUGACCAGCGCAAAUAACAUACCUAUCCCACGUCCUCAAGGAAAUCCAUCGAGAGUGGAUCGUUUGGUGAUCGAUUAUUUGAGAGAGCACGCUCGUGUUAUCACAUUGAUAGCGAAGAUGGAACGUUUACGCGGGACCACGAUGAAUCAACGUGUGCACAAAGCUAUGGAACAUUGGCUGGAAGCUAUCAAGUUCGUUCAAGAUUGUCGCAAGCAAGAGAUCGCGAAUGCUAUCAAACGUCAAAAAGAGAAUCCACAUUGCAUUUUAGCGUAUGACGACAAUGAUAUUUUGACUUUGGCUGGGAGUGUGCACGCAUUGACGAAGGCAUCGCGAUACGCGCGGACCGGUAUGUAUAAUGCGCUCCAGGCCACGCUACUUUAUGACUUAGACGUGGAAAAGAAGGUCGUCGAGACUUCCAAGGAUCCGGUACUCGAAAUAAGACAGAGCGAAAGUCAACCGAAAGACGGUAUCAACGAUUAUUCAAGCAAUACCUAGCAAAAUUGCGCCGAGUUCACUUGGUAUCGCUCAUCUUGAAGCGCUAGAAAAGAGUGAGGCGAGUCCAGCAGCUUUUUACUUACGUAUAGCAUUACGUUCAUGAGAAGCACUUGCUGGUGUUUACGUGAUUGUUGUUUUAACCGUUGAAACAAAAUGCCGCCCAUUAAAUUCAAAACUUUCACUCGCGAUACUCGCGAUAAGAAUCGCUACGUGCGAAAUAAAGGAUACACAUCCACCACGCACACAACAAAUACACAGACACACACAUACACAAGAAAAAAAAAAACUAAAGCAUAAAACUCAGAAACGUGGAAUGUGCGCAACUUUUUACAGGUUAUUAAUAAUUCCAUAGUUUUCUACUGUACGUAUUUUAACGCUUAUCGGCGGUGUAACCGAUUUAGCUUUUCGAAAACACCGAUUUAGAUGCGAGAGAGUUUCGCUAGACUGCCCAUCCUUUGUCGUUUAUCUCUAUCACAUGUGUCAAAAAAGAAGAAAAAGUGGGAGAAUGUUGCCUUUUCUUUGACACUUGUUGGAGAUAAACUCGGAGCGGUAUCGAUCGUGUUUAAACCGGUGAGCAGCCGCUAGCUUUGAAAUCGUCGACUCAUUAACUCGCAACAAGAACGAGAUUGCUCAGAUGGUAUUACAUCCUUUUAGAGAUAUCGUUCUUCGUACAAUUAUUCGUUUGUACACGUAUCUUAAGUUAAACGAGAUAGAUAGGCAAAAUACUAAGCCGAUAUACUCGUUCAAGACGUUCGGCAGUAACUCGUUAGAUUAGCUCAAUGUGGCCUUCCUUGAAUGUGUGACCCAUUAUGUGGUAGUAGAUGUCUUAGAACUUGAAUAUCUCGUGAGGUAUAAGUGCCAUGCCAAUUAAGUCGCAUGCAACGCGAGCUUUACAUUUACAUGUAUAUAUAUAUAUUGAAAUGUUGAUAGCGGGAGAAAAGAGCAGGGCGCACUAAAACAGUAGAGUGCAUUUUUGACAAACGACUUAAAUAUCUCGCGCCGAGAGGAAUCAUACGAUAUCAAAUGUUCGACGUUCUUUGUGCUUCUCAAGAGGGAUAUCAUCUCAGUAGAGGGUCUCAGUAGAUGUAACAGACGUUAAAGUCUAAUCUACUAAUGUACUCUGCUUGUUUUUGUUCUUUUAAAGAACAAAAAACUUAAGACUUAAGUCUGAUCUACAAUAUGCUCUUUGCUUCUCUUUAUCUCUUUAUGACUCAAACCUUAAGCUUUAAGCCAGAAAAAGAUAAAAGACAAGAAACAGAACGCAAAGAACAUAUUGUAGAUCAGGCUUGAAGCUUGAUUUACAAUGUACUCUUUGUUUCCUAUUUCUUUUUCUUUAUCUUCUUCUAAUGUACAUCUUAUGCCAUAAGCCAGAAAAGGAUAUAGAACAAGAGACAGGAAGCAAAAAGACACAUUGUAGGUCAAGUUUUCGGGUUUGAGUCAGAAAGAGAUAAAGAGAAAGUAACGAACAGUAAGAGGAAGUAAAGAACACAUUGUAGAUUAAGUUUAAAGGAUCAAUCAAAGAAGCAAUAUACUCGGGAGAAGCUUGUGCACGAUAUUUGAAAAUUUUUUCAAAUUUGUCUCGCGGUGUUCAAGUGUGCCCCGUUUUCUCUUACUAAACCUUUCGUUACCGACAUCGUUUCGGAUGUAUUCUUACUCUCACGAAUACAAAAGAUACAUACAUGACACGCACAUACGCGAAGUGUGACUGCAUUACAUCGACAAGUAUACGCACAAUGACAUUAAGACCACACUCAUUUCUAUACAUGUGUACGUAACAUUCAUUUACAUGUUGACAUUCUCGCAACGUGUUUCAGUGGAUAUUAAUUAACGACGAAGAUUUUGUAUCAUUUAAUUUUUACUGGAAUGACGAAAUAAUUUUCGCGCACGCGUCAAGUCAUACGUCGUGCUUUUUUUCGACUUCUAUUUUUUUAAUUAUGAAAUUUCAUUGCGUACUUGUCGAAAAUUGAAGUACUUGUUUUUUUCUUAGGCGCACAUAGUUUUGAAUCCAUGUUUUUAGACGAAUGACUGAAGCUUCCUUCUUUCAUAACUUGAUAAUGCGUAAACUUCAAUCUUCAUGAAAAAAAAAAUAACUUAUCAAAAAAUUUUUCGGGAGCGAAUAAGAGCUUUUAAUUAUAUCCUAUCAUAAAUCUGGCUUUUUCCUGUUUUGAAUAAAGAUACAAUUCAUAACGCAAGAUCACUCAAUUAUCAUUCAUUUCUCUCUUUCACGGGAAGGACACAAAGUGUGUUAUAAACACACUAUUAUCAUAGUGCUGCAUCCUCAGAUGUGAAAACACAGCAUAGAUAUGUGUUUGACAAUCCCGUUUAAAUUGCAUGUGAUAUAUAUUCAAUACUUAAAUGUACAUGCGCACGCAUACACACACACACCCAACACAAAUAAAUACAUACAUACAUACAUACAUACAUACAUACAUACAUCAUACACCCGCGCGCGUGCACACGUACACACAUACACACACAACAUGCACACACAUAUCAAUAUAUUGAAACUAUAAAGGAUAACCAAAUACUGUGGCUACGAAAUAGGAGCGAAAUCACAAUGUGAUUCUAGCAUGACUGAGAUCAUGCGAAGCAAGCGUUGAAAGAUGCGAGGCAAGAGUGGAGUAAGUCUGCAGUUAGCACUCUAAGUAGAGAGAUAUAUUUGAGCCAUACUUCACGAUUAUAACGACUAUAACGAACUUACUACACUCUUGUUGUUAUUACACAAGCAUGAACGUGAAAGUGUGACAAAACGUAUUCUCUCUUAUACUUCGAAGCCAUCAGAUUUGCAUUGGUUAAUCCUGUUCCAAGUGGCAGAUGCGAUAUAUGUAUGUGUGGCUGUCUUUGACAAACGGCACUCUCACUUCUCACGAUUUGCAAUUAUCCAAAGAACUGCAUUCGAAGGAACGUGGAACGUUCUCAAUUAUCGAAAUGUAUCAGCAGUCUUGUCAUGUAUCAGCUCUCAUCAAGGACUAGUUAUUUCGACGUGCACACUCAACUUGACAAAUCGUAAAUUUAUCGAUCGUCUAUUUCCAGAUAUUUGCUGCAAGAAAGAGUGACAAUUGAAGAGCUUAUUUCCAAAUCAUCUUAGGGAACUAUAGAGAAAAAGAGAGAGACAGAACGGAAAAGAAAGAGAGAAAAGAAGGAAAUUUAUGUGCUUACGAGCUUAUUAGAAAGAAGUUGCCGUUCGUCAAGGACACGCUGCGUAUCGUAUGUGUUUGCGUAUGUAUGUAUGUACAUAUGUGCGCGUCGCGCAGCGAAGCCGUAUUUAGAUAUUAAGUGUGCCGCGCGUGCGUUAUAUGUGUAAAUAGGAGAACAAGCGGUAUCGUAACACAAUGCGGCCGAAAAUAUGGAAGCAACUGACCAAUGUUCGAGAAGCGUGAGACUCCUAAACUAUCAUUAUCGUGUUACGUGUACUAUAGAGAGAAACUUAAGGCGAAGCUUUCGGAUGAACGCGUACCCUUCCGCGAGCGGGCGCUCGCCAUAAUACGAAUUUUGGAUACAUGGUAUCGAAAUUCAUAUCUCUCUCUCUCUAUCAUCGUAGCGGUCGCGAAUCUCCUCCGUUAUGAUAGAUGUCGUGAAAGUAUUUCUGAGCCGCUUACGAAGAGCUAGCGUAUUUAGUCGAUAGCGGUGUUUCUAAUCGCACGAGCAACACGUUCACGAAGCUGUCGUCGCUGGUGCAAUAGUGCAAUAUUGCGUGUGUGAGUUACUUUUCUAAUUGUUCCUUUUUGCCGACGUCUUCUCGCGGUGCGCGUGACUCGCGUCAGUUCGCGAUUCUCGUUUGUAAACUACGUACGAACGCAUGGUUGAUCAAUGCGACCACUGAUCGUUUGGUCGUGGCUUUGACAGUUGUAAAGUGACAGGAGCUUUCGUGAACGAUCAGUAUUUAUACACUGAAAACUGAGAUUUGUUGACUAAUAUUUAAAGGGAAAAUUUUAACGAGUUUGUUACCUUUCUAAUUUUUUUCUUUUUAUCGAAUUCUGUUUUUUUUUUAAUUAUUGAGUUAGUUGAGUCUAUGUUCAGUUUUUCCACGUGCGUGUCCGUACGUGAUCUUGUGUAAUUAAUUUAUGUGAUUAUUUAGUGUUUUUACUUUAAUUGUAUUGUUACUAAAUGAUAUAAAGAUGUUUUAUGUGUUAACUACUAGUCGGGCGACACAUAGCAUCGAGCUCCUUGUCGACUACUCGGCGGUCUGUGGUGUAUUUUUUUGUUCUUCCUAGUAGCUAGGUAACACACCUCUGCUUAAACUUGCCUAAUUAAUAUUAAUUAAGUCUAGGUAUGGCGAAACCGAAGUCGCGGGGCCUCGUGCUAUGCUGCUCACUACGAAUUUAUCGUAUCAUAUGUUUUAGCGUGGCUACCGUUUAUUAUACGUAGGUUCACUAUUUGUUCGCUUAACAUAACUCCCGAAUUUUUCGCACUGACACCACAACACCCCGUACCUUGGAUAUCAAUAGCAGUUAGAGAUCAGCGUGUAAAUAUCCGAAGAAGCUUUCGUUCCAUCGAGCAAGCAGGAAUAAAUAGCGCCGUGUCGAAAUGACAAUUUCUAUUGAUUGGCGCACGGACUGAGCAUCGUGCGCCGACUAUGCGCGUAUUAUAAUCUUAUAUGUAUUCGGCAUAGAGGACGAAUGUGUGUAAAAUAUAGACGGGUAAAACAUUGCGAGCGACAACGCAAUAAUUACGAAACGAAAGUCGAGAUAUGAUGUUAUCGAAAUGUACACAGUGUGUGUCGCACUUGAAACGUAUUAUUUUUCAAUGAGGGAUCAUUUCUGGCUAAUUUGGAGUCGAGUUGCAAGGCUGAUCAUUAUUCAUCGCACUGUUGCUGAAUUCUAUAUGUUCAAAAUUGAAUAUAUUUGCUAUUAAAUCUCUAAGAAUAUAUAUAUAUAUAUAUAUAUAUAUAUAUAUAUAUAUAUAUAUAUAUAUAUAUAUAUAUGUAUAUAUAUAUAUAUAUAUAUAUAUAUAUAUAUAUAUAUGUGUGCGUGUAUAAAACACUGUCGGAGUUUACUCAAAUUUAAGCGCAAAAUACGAUUUGGUUAUUUUCUUUUCUGAAGAGAGCGCAGUUUUGUUAGAAAGCCUCUCUUUUCUGUUCAAUAAUUGUACAUUUAUUUGAGAAUCUUGAUAUUUUCAUGGAGAGAAUAAUUGUCUUCAAAUUACAUCGAGUCUGUUAUCGAAAAAUAAUGCGGUAUACAUACAAGUGGGAUACAGUAAAUAAACGUGAACUUACACACAACAUACACAUACACAUGUGUCGAUAUAUUAUAGAUUUAUAUGUAUGCGUGUUAUAGGAAUUAUUCCCGCGCUUUGAUAGCAAAGGAAACAAGUCCAUUGGCCUGUACGUCGCACGCGACUCUGCGCGAUCGCUGACCGAAUAUAUAGGAGAAUAUAUCGAGAGCUUCUUAGAUAAGCUAAGGGAUGAUAUGUGAAUCUCUCUUUGUUUCUCUCCCUCGGUUUUUCUCUCUUAUUCAUUCUCUUUUCUCUCUUUCUCUCUCUCUUUAUCUUUCUUCUUUCUUUCUCUCUGCAAUCUCUGUCCAAAGAGGAAAAACCGAGGCAUUAUUGCAGAGUUAACGUCUGAGCUCUGUGAUCGGUCGACAACCGCACUUAUUUUUCCGAUCGUGUCGGAAAUCGCGUCUAACCGAACAAAGUAGAGCGCAAUAGAUAGAACGUAGCGUAGUCCGCGAGGAUUUGCGAAUCGACGGUUCAUCAGAUCGCGCAUUAUCGGCCCUAGAUACGAUUACAAAGUAGCGCGCGAGCAAGCUCAGGUCACGAAGCUUCCUGAUCGUUUGGGCGACGUUAGAGGCGAUUAUAACUGCGAAAUUCGACGUCACGCACUUCCCUGCCACGAGCAAUUCCUUCCGUCGUGUUGUUCGUUGUUACUUCUCUCGUUUGUAGUGUUGCGUUAAUCCGGGGAUCGAGAUCGCUGAUUUUCGUACGUAGAUCCGGCGUCGCGUGAGGGCGAUAACAAUCGCGCGAAACUGCCGUGCACUCGUGAAAGGAACGAGACGCGACGAAACAUGGUCCCUGACCUCGCUCGUCCACGGCGCCGGAGAGAUUACGUCGGUUUCGAUCCCCGCCGCGAAUUCAUCAGGGUCGAUAAUUAAGCAACUUUAGCGUGUAACUUCCACGUGAUACGCGAAGCGAAAACGAAAGCGUUCGACUCUCACACGGCCGUCUGUGAGGAAUGAUGCUGUCUUGCCUGCCGGUCGGCUUAUUACUCGCAACACAUUGCCGCUUAUUUUACAUGGCAUACCACUGUACAUAGUUAGGUGACUAGGUAUGCCUACGCGAAGACAGAAAAAGAAAGCAAGCGGUGAAGAGUGACGCAACUCGCGCGUAGAUUAUCGUUAGCCGUUUGUCUUGUUAGAGACACGUACUCGCGACUAUAGUAAGCCGUUUUUAUUCGCUGAGUAUUUGUAUCUCGCGACGAUGCCACUUGUACGGAUUUAGCGCGUUAGGUUCACUGAAAAUCCUCGAUUAAACUCGUCGACGUGACGCUGAUCGCGCGAAACGCACCGUAAGACACAAUCAGAUCGCCCCGACGAGAUUAACUUCGCAGCGAUGGAAUCGAACUUGUAAUCCUCUCCGUCCUCGCGUUCUCGCCUUCAAUCAAUCUUCCUCCUCGUAUCAAAGUCCCGGCUUUUCUCUGCGACGCGUGAUUGGGGGAAGCGAAAUGACAGACCGCGCCGGUUAUACGACACCAAGUGAAAAUACAAAGACCAAGGUAAAUCUCACGAUUGAGGAUUACGUCUCAAUCGCGAAAUCUUAGCCCAGAUUAGCUCCUGACAAAACCUAAUAGUGUAAGGUCAAAGGUUCUAAGUGCGCCGGGGCGAUCCGAUCCUCUUACGGCACGUCUCUCAGAGGGAACUCCUCGCGGACGAGGCCGUCGACUCUCUUUCGCUCGCGAGUCGCAUUAAACAAAGACAAUCGCAAAGUCACAUCACCUCGUUCAAGACGUGUCAUGUGCGUUAGAAGGGAGAGAGAGAGAGCGACGCGAACGGGGGCCGGUCGGCCUAGAGUUCGUCGACGAGAUCGAGCGGAGGUGCUCGGUUUGCGGACCAUUGAAAAAAAAAGAAAUACUGUACAACGAUUACGCUACAAUAAUAUCUAAUGUACCUAGAUGAGAACGGGACGCGCGAUGGGUCUCGUGCACGCAAGCUGUGUGCUUUUUUUUACACAUUACGAACCGCGAUACGAGACGUGGUCUCACCGAGAUCGAUCGCGAUCGACAAUUGAACGUUCAGUCACGAUAAUUUGCGAACAGAAGGCUCUUUAAUUCAAGUCAAAAUUCCGACAUUGCCGAUACAACGUAAGAUUUAUUGAGCGUACGCGAAUGAAAACUGCAACUCGGCUCUUACUGUCCGUUGGUGGAUACAAUGUUCGUUUAAGCGUUCGUUUCUGCAAGAUUAAGUCCCACGACUUUUUACGCGUGCACUUCCGUGGCGCGAUUGUGACCAAAAGAACGGCGCACGGCGAGAUCCUUUGCGUAUUUCCCGAAUAGUCGUAGCUGGAAAUUCUCCGAUAGCCGCGUAGAUUGUAUCAGUCGGUGUUGGAAUCAUCGGAGAGACGCUUUUUGUGUGACAGGUGACACGAAAAUGUAUAUAGACUUAGUUGCAAAACGGUGUUCACACUUUUUCCUGAUAAAAUUGCUUCCAAUUGUCGCAAUUGUGAAUCUGUUAACGAAUUUACGCAGUAAUUGGUUAGCCAAUCGCUGCAUAAAUUGUUCGAUUGUGGCUCGCAAUGAUAACGAUCUUGAGCUGCAACUUCAUUGAAGAAAAAGUGUGAAAAUCGUUUUGCAACUGAGUGUGCACGUGCUCGGAGAUUCGGAUUUGUCUUUAGACUGUCUGAAGACGCCCUAAUUUUCCCGUAUCAGAUUAUGGAUUGAAGAUUGCAGUCGGACCAAUCAAACAAUCUAAAUCUUAAUUUUACUUUAUUUGACUGAUCCGAUUGCAAUCUUCAAUAGUCCGAUACGAGCGUUAGGGCGUCUCAUAGACACUCGCGUUGCCUGCGCUUCUGCCGUUGCAUCGUUCAUGUGAAAUCCCCUUUUUGGCGAGUGCAUUAGUAUGCGUGCGGAACGUUUCGAUGACACGCUAUUACAUCACUACCUUCGAUCGAUGUAGAAAUAAAUUGGAGAGAAGAGAGAGAGAAAAGGGAGAAGCACUUUUGCGACACGAAAAGCGUACGUAUCCGCUCCGACGCCGACUGUACAUAUCAAUGUCUUCAAUGUAUUUUAUUAGCUGUGACGUUUAGUGCGAACUUAUUAGGGGGACUCUUCGUUUCGAGCGUGUUUCUUUCAAGCGUAACUCGAACGGGACUUGAACGUCCCGCGCUAUCGUGUGCUGAUACGCGCGGCAACACGAGCGCGCGACAGUUCAGCGCUUCGCGAAAGAGGAAGCUCCGUUGCUUCUCACAUGGGGAUGAAACGCGGCUACCCCGUAGGGACGCCUCGAUCAGCGAAAGCGUCGAUCGCCCCGCACGUGUCCUCUCGUUUCGUUUCCUCGCGUUCGAACGUAGCGUUAAGAGCGACUAGUAGGUGUAUCGAAAGGUCUGUCGUUGCGAAGAGCCCACGUCGGCUCUCUCGAUGUUUUCGCGCAAACGAACGACGGGGCUUGCAGUCGCGUGGCUCGUGAAAAGCGCCGAUAACGAGUAUAUCGAUAAAACGAAUCUGUCGGUAGAUUCCGCAGGUACGUAUGCGCGCGUGUGUAUAUGUGCGCGCGCGCGUGUGUGUGUGUGUUAGCGCGCAAGUGUUAUUUUUAUAUGUCUAAUCGUAAGAUUUCUAUGGGUGAAGGACUAAAAAAAAGGAGUAAAGCGAUCGUACUUCCGCGCGAUGGAGCAAGAGCGAAGGAAAGACGAGAGGGAAGGAAGGAAGGAAGGAAGGAAGGAAGGAACGAACGAACGAACGAACGAACGAACGAACGAACGAAUGAGCGCGAGCACGAAUUUCGCGGAUGGAAAUUGGCUGGAAAUCGAGCGAUGCGAAAAUGACACACGCGGUCAGAGGUCAGAAGUCAACGACCCGUUUCCUUCGUUCUUAUCGACGUCCACGAGGAUGAUUUCCGUGUCUUCAUUAUGACAUGUUGUAAGUGUGUCAACGUUAAUCCUGUCGACUACGUGUAACAUUGUUGUAUCGUCGUCGUCGUCGUCGUCGUCAUCAUUAUCACCAUCAUCAUUAUCAUCACUAUCAUUGUCGUUGUCAUCUCGCUAUAGUUAUCGAGAAAUUAUCAUCGUCCUCCUCUUCCGCGACACACACAUCUGUGAUUAGUUUCUUUUUUUUUUUUUUUUUAAGCGCGGCGACUCGGGCGACGGAUUUAUCAGUACCUCGACAUAUCGCGAAAAAAAAUCAGAAAAAAACGCGCGCGCUCGUUCUCUGCCAUCUCCUCCCCCUCUCUUUCCCCCCUGAAAAGAUACCCACGAGAUUCCGUGUGUACGCAUAUUAAUCCGGCGUGUUUGAUUCACCGGCAUUCUUGGUUCCAAUCGUCACUGAGGGGAGAGCACCAAUUAACUCGAUUCGAAAAUGUUCCCAAACAGCACAAAUCUCCACGGGACGUUCUUAAAGACGUUCUGAGAACGUCUGCAAGACAUUCUCUGGAGAUCUUGUGCUGUCUGAGUUGGCACGGUAUCAGCGAGUUUCGGUUGUUCGACGAGUACACGUGAAACGAUGUCCGAGUUCAUCGUCGCGUUCAUCAGAUCGUCGCUCGCAUAAGUAACGGAGAUCGCAUUUGUGCGUCGAAAAAUCGGACCCGACUAAACUCCACGCGUCGGUCUCGGUCCUCCUGUCGUCCUGUCCAGAUAGAGUAGCUCUUCUCGCCCACUCUUUCCAUCAUCACGCUACUUCUCCUCGCCACUUGUGAUCUUUCGCAGUCGGACGAAGGCAUUUUUAUUCGCGCGGCUACACGAUAUAUUUGUGCGUAUCACAAAUCGCAGAAAUCCCUGUCGGCGCGAUAUCGAACGCCCUUACGCUCGCGUAUACAGGAAGAAUUGUCCUGCACACGCCUGUGUACGACAUAUACAUGUGCAGAAUGUGUCAUGUGAAUCGUUACGAGUCGACUCCACGAAAGUUACUCAGCUCUCGUGGAUGCGUUUUCGCUGAUGCGCACGUAUAUAGAAAAAUAUCAGAGAGGCUUGCGCGACUAUUGAAAAUUCCAAAAGAAAGGAGAGCGAAAAAAAAAAUCUACCGCUGAACUCGGCCUGACAAAUUUUAUCACGAGAGAAACAUUCACUCGAGAGAAUAAUCGCGAUUUUUGUUUCCUAGGAACGACACAGUUCUCCGGACACUCUCCUGUGAUUCUAUUCUAAAACCCUUCCUUCCGGAAGCAUAAUCUUCGUAACGCUUUGUCUGCCUCAUUCUGUACGUCUAUAUCGAUUACUGUAAAACAUAACGUCUAAUACAAUCGGCUGAUUUGCUAAGUGCGAACUCUCGAGGUUUUCCGUGAAACUUCAAUGCUUCUAGGCUGUGAUUUAUAACUGAGAGAUCUACCGCGCGUUAUUAUCGAAACAAAUGACAAUCCUCCAAAAGCAAAGUUAAAAACGAGAGAAAAAAAAAGGAGAUGAGGUUUAAAAGAAAAGAAAGGUGGAAAAUGCAUUAAAAAAUAGAGGACACUUCGACUCUCGUGUCGGACAUACGCUUUCUCUUCGUCCCGUUCUAGAGUAUUUGCGAUACUUCAAAAUACGAUAUCAAUAUAUACGAACGAUCGUCCGUUUUUCGCGUGGCAUGUCUGCGCUAUCGACGCGAAAUGUGGAUAGCGGUGUCUACCGAAAAGUAGAAGAAAAGUGAACUGAAAAACGAAAAAAAAUAGAAGAAAACGAGAUACGAAAGUAUCUUUCUCUCUCCUCUCGGGUUGGACGCGUAGAACGCGAGGAAGGCGAGAAUAGGAAAACUAAUUAAUGAUUUUUUUACGUGUUACGUUUCAGUGUAUAUUACUGAGAUAUUACAGAUCGUACGACGCUAACCGUACGUAUUACAACAGCGUAAUAAUAUUAUUAUAAUAUAAUACGUGGAUGAUAUAUCGUUAAAUGGGCUGUGGUAGAAAACCUUUAUAUACAUCACACACACACACAUACAUACACACACACACACCUAUAUAUAUAUAUAUAUAUCGGAGACACACGAGUCGGAUCCUCUCGUUUAAUCUCGUCGCAAAAGAUAAAACGCCAUCAUUCAAAGGCGCGGUUGUCUUUCGAACGUGUGAAAGUCACUAUCCUACAUUUUGUCAUACAACGAUUACCUUGCACAAAGCGUACCUAAUUAUAUAAAUAUAUAUAUAUACAUAAAUACAUACAUACAUUUAUAUAUAUAUGCAUGUAUAUAUGUAUAUAAAUACAUAUAUAUAUGUAUGUCUAUUGACAGUAGGAUCCACCGUAAUGAUUGUCAAUAAUACUAUAUUGUACCUAUCGUAUUCGUCUUGACGCGGGCAAAUUAUAUUGAGCUACAUACAAGGCUGUAAAAAUCCGAUCGGAAUCUCGAUCGACCGGGGAAAGGGGGAGGGGAGGGCGGGAGAUCCGUUUUCUCCGAUCGCGAUAUGCGUGACGCGAUGCUGCCGCUUCGAAGAUCUCGGAAGAGUUCCUUUUCUCAGUUGAGAAUCGACGCUUCCCUCGCUCUCGGUGCUUUCCUUCUUGUCCGUUUUCCCGAUGUCGCGGCCUAUUCACGAUGGAUUUUCGCGUGGCCGUGCGAGCACGUGCGCAAAGAAUCCAAAAUCAAACACACGUCCAAAGCUAAAAACAUGAUGCGCGAUUUCACGCCUUUUCACAUGCAUUCUAUGUUGUCGCAUGUUGGCUGACAGUUCAGUUCACCGCAUAGUUCACCUUCCGAUGUACGAUAGCGAUUUUACGCAAUGAGCUGAAUUGUUGAUCAGCAUGCACGUAAGAAGGAAUCGUGGAAUCGUGCAUCUCUAGCUCAAUGUGUCGUGACAAAUAAUAUUACAUCACAAUAUAAUAUUGUGCGAAUACACGCACAUACUUGCAUACAUACAAGAGAUUUAAAAAAUCAUGUCAUUUGUCAAGUAACAUUGAUGAACAACGUGAUUCGUACACAAAGUAAAGCGUAGCAAACAAAAUACUUACCUCUCAUAUACAUUGACUCUCAUACUUUCCUCAUCUACUUUUCAGCCUCACCUUAGAAAAAGGAAAAUCUCGAUAAUUUAACAAUUGAUAAUAAUUUAAUGUGAAAUUUAAUAGACGAUCUGCGCGUCAACUUAAUACGAGCAAUACCACGUUGUUCACGCGCCCUCGUUGGUCAUCAAAACCAUUUGACAUCUCGAGCAUGCGCACGUCUCCGCGCGAAGCAACUAUCUUCCGCGAACGACGUCGGAGCGGCACGCACGCACCCACGCACAACAAGCGUUAAUAUCAAUCGCGUAGACUUAGCUCGCUAACUGAAAUGGGAAGAGGGAUGUCUUAGAUUCUUGCUCAAACAACACUAUAUAUCGUUUCAUUUCCGCGCCGUGAGCGGCACGCGUCCUGCGCGUCCCGUGCCGCUCUCGGCCCGAGAGUAGUAGGCCCAGAAGCACGAAAAAAGAAAGGAAGAAAAAAAAAAAAGAAACGUGGACCAUUCUACAUGGGCUCAAUCGCGGUACACACACGUACGCGCAAGAGUGAUCACAAGAGAAAUUCCUACGUCUAUAUUUCGGUCUGUCUGAUCCCGCGCAGCGGCGAAGAUCUACACGCCGGCGCGACGAGCGACGUCGUUCGUUACAUGCACUCUUCUUUUAUACAACGUGCGAAUCUACCCUUCUUCUAAAUAGAAUGUACUAUUUGUUAAACGCGAGAGACGGACUUGAGCGCGCCGCGCCAAGGUCCAGGUGCUUUUCUUCCGACGACGUCGACGAGAGAAAAAGCGCCACCCCGACAUUUGGGGAAUAAAACGGAGAUAUCGGCGGCGGUGAGACCGCGAGAUGUAGAUGAUCGCCGCUGCACGCAGGCUCGAUAGCGGCGGCAAACGAAGGAGCAAGGACUACCUCCUGAAUUGACAAAUACCGUCGACCAAACACGUCGACAGCGCAUUCCUUCCAUUCCCCUUUCUAUACUACCUGUCAGGUCCGCGCGAGUUCCGAGACACACGAGUGUGUGUGCAUACGUAGUGUACGAGGGGACGUCACUUCUUACUAUCCUCUCUCUCUCUUUCACACACGUCGAGUGUCGAGGAGCGAACUUAAUUUUACAUCGAAAUGCGCCAAUGUACUGCGACGCGAACCACUUGGAGAGCUCUUAGACUUUUGUUUCUACGCGCACGUACUUUUAUACGUAUUUCCGUGUCGUCGGCGCUGGCGCGCGAUCGAUCCCCCGAGAGAUUACCGCUAUCGAUCGAUCGAUCAUCACAGAUCGCGCGCGCGUUACAUCGACGAAGCAGAGGGUGGCUCGUUUCGUCCAACAGCUCUGCACAUUCAGCCGCUCGCGCGACGAUCGUUCGCCGACACCCGGCGAAAAUGUCACGUGCGACGUGAACUUCUCGCGGCGCGUCGUCCCCCGCGCCAACGCUUCUGCUAGAUGGUUCAUUGAGAAACGCGACGACGAUAUUCUCUCCGAAUUAGAAAGAGUGGCUAGCACGAUUUGUGUGACGCGUGAUUGGGCGUACCAAGGAUCACGUUUUCAUAAAAAGAAAGGAAAGAAAAAGAAAAAAAAAAAGAAGAUAAAGAGCGUAGACGUAAGUAUGUAAACCUGAGCUUAAUGUAUCCUCUUGCGCGCGUAUGGGACUCUUGUUUGUACUUUACUAGUUUAUUAAAUGCUCAUCUGGCGAUAGAUUACAUGUAGACGAAGGGUAAGUUACGUGGGGGAGAAGGAGGCAUGUCUCUCUAACGCGUCCCUCCGAAGUUCGUUACUUUUCUUUUUUCACUAGAAUACAUGUAUAUAUAUAUGUGUGCAUGUGUAUGUAUAUGUAUACACACACAAAUAUAUACAUAAAAGAAUAUGAUAUAUGUAUACACGUAUGAAUGUCAAGUAGCAAAGAGACACGUAUUCACGAUGACCGUGCUUUCGCUUUGAGAGAGACGUUUAGCAAUUCCGAUAGGCCGUUUAAAGCGUUACGAGCGUGAUAUACUGUUCGAGCGAAGCCUAUAGGAGAUCGGCAAAGCUGGUUAUUUGUCUUUUUGGUUAUAUUCGUUCUCCUUCUUUAUGUUCGAACACUGUAACGGUUAGUAAAUGUGUUUUACUCAAAGUGUCCUUCCUACGUAAAAAUUUACUCUUGUUUGUUCUUAUAAAUUAUAAAUAAAUGGUAUCUUUCAUGUUCA